AUGGAGACGGCGGCAGGAGGCGCGCGCGAGGACGAAGUGGAGCUGCUGGGGUCGUGGAAGGGCGAGCUGUAUGAAGACGCCUUCGCCAAGCUCAGCGAGGCGGAUCUAGGCUACGCUGCCCACGCGGCAGCGAACUCCGUGGGACUCGAGCCGAGCCAGCGCCAGGAGCAACCGCCCCCCACUCAGCAGCGCCCCCGACACGACGCGACCGCCACGACGCAGCGCUUCAAGCGCAAGAACUUUAGCAAGACGCUGCAGCUCCUGAGUCUUCAGCGGUACGCGCAGUACGCGCGCGACUUCGGCCGCCUCCCGGACAAGAACGAGACGCAGCAGCUCCUGCAGCAGAGCUACCUGCAGUUCCUCAAAGAAGGGGGCGCGCCCGACGAGCCCCGACUCACGUACGCGGAGUUCCUGAAGCUUAUACGGAACCGACGACGAGAAAUUAACGUAAGGGCGCAGCGCCCGCAAAAGCAGAGCAAGGAGGGCCAGGUGACGCCCAGGAGGAUGGCGGUGCUCACCCCCGCGAAGAGGAAACUGCAGGAAGAGCACACCAAGAUCCGGGACCUUAUCGAGGUCAUUGACAGGACCAGAGAGCAGGCGGGACUGAUCCCAGACCCGCAGCAGAACCGGCGGCUUAGACCGCAACAGUCUGUCGUCGCGCAGGGCCACUCGCAGCAACAGCAGCACCAAACAGCGGUGGAGAUGGUGAUGGUGCCACCUCCGCCCAUGAUGGAGAGCUUGCCGCCCUUGCCACCGGAUCCUAUGGAGCAAAUUGAGGCUAUCUUACAGAUUCACCAGGAAACGCGAGAAGUGCAGCGAGAAAUUGUGGCGAGACUGCGAUCCAUCAGUCGUGUGAUGAAUCAGCACGAAGGCCACGGAGAGGAACCAUCCAGUGCUAGUGUAUGA